AUGUCUGAAGAAAUACCAUUUCCUAAGCCAUUCUCUGUAGAGAUCAAUGCGAGUGUUGCAUUGAAGCUUGCCAAGAUCGGAGAGAACCAUUACCCUGGAACUUCAUCGGGCCCCAUAUAUGGAUUCGACAACAAGGAGACAUCUGUGAUCAACAUUUGUCAUCUUAUCAGUUUCCCUACCCAGCAUACAAGUGGAGACGAUGUUUUCAACACAAGAUCUUCUAAUGCAAAAUUUCAGACUGAAUUUCUCUCCAAACUAAGAGAGAGCAAAAUUGGAGCCAAGCUUUUGGGAUGGUUUAUUACAUGUAUAAGCGGUAAACAUCUGAGACAGACGUUAAUUGAGUCCAUUCUGCGCCUUCAAGAGACCAACAGAAAGGAGCACAGAGAUGAUUUCCCUGCUUUGCUAGUUGUGUAUGAUCCUUCAAGUGCUUUGGACAGCUUGCUAAGCUUGAAGGUGUUGAGAAUCAGCGAUGCUUUCCUGAAAACAUGGGAUUCGGAGACAAGAUUUAUUGCCAAAAACCUCAUAGAGAAUCGUCUUUCUUACAAGAACAUCUUUGAGUCAGUGCCAGCCACUAUCAGAAAUUCUCAUUUGAUCAACUUGAAAAUACAGGAACUUGACAUCUCAGCUAUUUAUGGUGAAGAUCUUGAGUUGACUUCAAACUAUUUGAAUGGUACUGUUCAGAACGCCGAGCAGCUUACUGAGGCUAUAGAUAACUUCAACCACAAUUUGGGUAACUUCAAUUACUUCCAGAGAUCACUUUCCCGUGAAAUAACCAAAGUCAAGCAAUGGAAACUCAGAGCUCAGCAAGAGAACAGUCAAAAGUUGAAGAUCGAUCCUAAAGCACAGGUGAGUGAACCUGAUUGGACUACCCAGUUCAAGCUUCCUCAAGUUCCCUCUAAGUAUGAGAACUUGGUCAUCAGUGGACAGGUGGAUAGUUUCUGCAACAACUUGGAAUCUACAGGAUCCGUUGAACAUGCCAAGACUUCUGGUAUUAAGGAGAGCCUAGAUUUGUAA